AGUCAGCUGACACCUUCUCUGAUCCUUGGUAUACCAGAGCAGACGAGAAGCUUUCAGUUUCAGCAAUGGCGUCUCUUUCUCUCACCUCUCUUCACCUCUCUUCGUCCUCUUCUCGUUCCACUCCCUCUCUCUCUCCUCCUCCUUUUCCCCUCCCGCAGCCGCCACUCUUUCGCCGCCACCGCUGCUACGAUCGUCGCCUCUCCUCCUCCGUCAGCCGCCGUCGCUGUCUCCGAAGCUCUGAAUCCAUCAUUGCCUCCAGUUCUCAGGGAUUGCAGAUUAGGUGUUCGACAGAUGAACCAUUGAAGGUGAUGAUUUCAGGUGCACCGGCAUCAGGCAAAGGCACUCAGUGUGAGCUUAUUGUUCAGAAGUUUGGUCUGGUGCACAUAUCCACUGGAGAUCUCUUGAGAGCAGAAGUUUCAUCUGGGACUGAUAUUGGGAAUCAAGCAAAAGGGUUUAUGAAUUCUGGUCGUCUGGUUCCGGACGAGAUUGUGAUUAAGAUGGUGACUGCAAGAUUAUCACGUGAAGAUGCUAGAGAGCGAGGAUGGCUUCUUGAUGGAUUCCCACGGACUUUUGCCCAGGCACAGAGUCUAGAGAAACUUAACAUCAGACCUGAUAUUUUCCUUUUACUAGAUGUUCCUGAUGAAACUCUAAUAGACAGAUGUGUUGGUAGAAGAUUGGACCCGGUAACUGGGAAGAUUUAUCAUGUUAAAAGUUUCCCUCCUGAAUCCGACGAAAUCAAAGAAAGGUUGGUCACACGUCCCGAUGAUACUGAGGAGAAGGUAAAAUCACGGUUGCAAAUAUACAAACAAAAUUGUGAAGCAACUGUAUCUGCAUACUCAAGAGUUAUGACCAAGAUGGACGGAAACAUGCCAAAAGAAGUGGUUUUCAAAGAAAUAGAGACUCUGCUAUCUCAGGUGCAGACAGAUAAAACAAAACUAAAGGAUAAAACAUCUCAGAGUCAGGGAGGAGAUAAAUGGAGAGGAAUACCAACAAGAUUGAAUAACAUUCCUCACUCAAGAGAAAUCAGGAAUUAUUUUUACAAUGACGUGCUGCAAGCCACAACGAGAUCUGUCAAUGAUGGAAGAGCUCGAUUGAGGGUGGACAUCAACAUUCCCGAGUUAAAUCCUGAAAUGGAUGUUUAUCGAAUAGGAACUUUGAUGGAACUCGUUCGAGUUCUGGCUUUGUCAUUUGCUGAUGACGGAAAAAUAGUCAAGGUUUGCGUUCAGGGGUCGAUGGGGGAAGGUGCACUCUCGGGGAUGCCGCUGCAGUUGGCAGGAAGUCGUAAAAUCUUGGAAUUUAUGGACUGGGGUGAUGAUGGAGCUUACGGAACUUUUGUCAAGAUUGGUGCAAUUGGUGGUCAAGAAGUUGAUGAGGAAGAUGACAUGUUCAUCUUAGUGGCUCCACAGAAUGCCUUUGGAAAUUGUAUAAUUGAUGAUCUGCAAGCGAUGACUAAUGCUGCUGGAAGAAGACCAGUUAUACUCAUCAAUCCUCGUCUCAAGGACUUACCUGGUUCAAGCGGCAUAAUGCAAACAAUGGGUCGGGAAGAGAGACUAGAAUAUGCGUCCUCCUUUGAAAACUGCUAUAUGUUCCGGCUUCUUUAUUAUGCCGGAACUCAGUAUCCAAUCAUGGGAGCUUUAAGGAUGCCUUACCCUAACCAGUAUGAGUUGUACAAAAGGGUGGACGAGGAAAACGGGAAGGAAAAGUAUGUAUUGCUAUCAACUUAUACUGAAAGGCCCACUACUGAUCAAAUCAACGACGCCUUCUCCGGGAAAAAACCGACGGACCGAAGCAAGAAGCCGGCAGGAAUUUGGGGGUUUCUGAGCAGUGUAUUCUGAAGGGACCAAGCUGAAAGAGUAAAUAUAUAUUGGGAGGACAAGGGUUAUCUCUUCACUUUGGGAUGGAUUGGUAAGUAUCUUUGAUAUAUAUAUAUAUAUAUCCUUGUAGCAUCACGUUUCAAGCAUCAAGGUUAGAUCCACGUCACAGUUCAGUUCCUCAAGAAGCAAACAAUCUUAAAUGCAACAUUUAGAGCCUAUAGAGGAGUCGAACAUCACAACGACCUUGGAGGGAAAUAUCUUCAAUGAAAGAAACAAUGUUCAAUGUUGAAGUCUUUGUAGCAUUCAAGGCCAAGAUGCUUAUCACAUUUAUUAACAUGAAUCAAGUCGCUUUAGGCAAAUAUUAUACGCGUCAAUUUCAUUUACUACAAUAUAUGGUCGGUUUUGAUUUA